GGCCUGGCUGGACCUUGGUCCCUCUGCACAAGUGCUGGAUUUGGAGGAAGGCUGGGGCAGUCCCAGGGACAUAGGGAGGGGUGCAGAGAAGCACAGCGAGUAACACAGAGACACACAGAAACAGAGAGGGAGAGAGAAAUGGAGAAAUACUGCACAUAGACAGAGAGAGAGAGUCAGAGGCAGAGAGAGGCAGCGCCGGUAGCUCAGGCAGUAGCACGCCGGCCACACACACUGAAGCUGGCUGGUGCGGUGGGUUCCAGCCCGGCCUGGGACUGCUAAACAACAAGGACAACUGCAACAAAAAAUAGCUGGGCGUUGUGGCAGGCGCCUGUAGUCCCAGUUACUUGGGAGGCUGAGGCAAGAGGAUUGUGUAAGCCCAAGAGUUUGAGGUUGCUGUGAGCUGUGACACCACAGCGCUCUACCCAGGGCGACAUAGUGAGACUAUGUUAAAAAAAAAAAAAAAAAAAAGACAAAGCGAGACAGAGAGAUAGAGAGAGCCAGGGACGAGGCAAACAGAGAGAUAAAUGCAGAAAGUGAUAGGCAAGGAGAAAGCCAGAGAGAUACAGAGAGGGAGGAGCACGGGAACAUGAGACAGAGACAGGCAGAGACGUAAUAGUGGGGGACACAGACCCUAUCCUGCAUCCUGCAGAGACAGAGCGAGCCAGGGCGACAGAGACACAGGAGAAAGAGGAGACAGUGGUAGAGUCUGCAAGGCCGAGGAGAGGAAGCCAAAAGAUGGAGGAGGAGAAAGUUUUGGAAAGCGGAAGGCGGGGCGCUCGCGUCGCCGGGAUCCCCGCGGGCCGCCCCGGAAAGCCGGGUUUCCGGUACGAAUAAAGCGCGGCGCUGGGCCGGGGCAGCAGUCCCUCGUUUCUUGCCAUGAGCUCCAGCUCCGACGCCGUCCGGGACCCCGAAGCCCCUUGGCCGCCCGCGCCCCGUGCCUGCCGCCCUGGGCCCUGGGCCCUGGGCCUCGCGCUGCUGCUGCUCGCCGCUGCCGCCGCCGGAGCCGCCUGGGUCGCCCACGCCCCGAGACUCAGCCGGGUCCGCGAGCUCCCGCCGGAUACCGGCGCCAUCCGUGACCCGAGUGAGAUGCAGCAAGGCGUUCCUCUCUUCGCACAGCUGAUGGCCGAAGAUGUUCUGCUGUCUGACGGGCUCCUGAACUGGUACAGCGACCCGGGCCUGGCAGGCGUGUCCCUGGCGCCAGGCCUGAGCUAUGAUAAGGACAAGCGGGAGCUGGUGGUGGAUGAAGCAGGCGUCUACUAUGUCUUCUUGAAAGUGGGACUGAGGCGUGUUGUGGAUGAGAACAGCUCCGGCUCGGUCUCGCUUGCUCUACACCUGCAGCCGCUGCGCGACGGCGCAGUCGCUGCCCUGGCAUUGACCGUGGACCUGUCAUCCCAGUCCUCUGAGGCCUUCGGUUUCCAAGGCCGCUUAUUGCACCUGGAGCUCGGCCAGCGCCUGGGCGUCCACAUGCACGCGGUAGCUCACCAAGACUGGCAGCUCGACCAGGGCGCAACGGUCUUGGGCCUCUUCCGGGUGACCACCCAUGUCUGAUCAAGACUUCGCUCGCCGAGGCCCACGUGACACCCAGCCUGGGUGCUGCCCGCCUACACAGAGACAGGCUGCUCUACCUCAAGGGGCUGGGCAGGGUCCCUGCUGCUCACACCUCUCUCCCACCCACUCAAGCUCCAACUUAGACUCUUGGUAUUUAUUCUGAGCCUGAGGCCUGGCGCAGUGGCUCACGCCUGUAAUCUUAGCACCCUGGGAGACCAGCCUGAGCAAAAGUGAGACCCCUUUUCUACUAAAAAAAUAGAAAAGCUGAGGCAAGAGGAUCUCUUGAGCCCAAGAGUGUUGCCACAACACUCUACCCAGGUCGACAGCUUUAGACUCUAUCUCAAAAGAAAAAAAAAGUAUAUAUAUAUUCUGAGCCUGAGCUCAGACAUAUAUACAUACAUGAUAUACAUGUACACAAAAAAUGUACAUAUAUUUUUAAAGAAGGUCAUGACUUUGAAGAAUAGGCUUCUCUCUUUUUUAUUUUUAGAGAAGUUUCACUAUGUCGCCCAGGCUGGCCCAGGUGAUCCUUCAGUCUCAGUUUCCUGAGUAGCUGGGAUUUACACUUUAUAGUAAUUAAUAGGAUUGUAUUUGUAUUUAUUGAGCAUCUCCUAUGUACCAGCAUGGUGCAGGUGCUAGAGGUAAAUCUGAAAACAACACAGAGCCCUCAAAUCUUAUUUAUGUUAAUAUGUGAAAAAUAAAUAAUCCUCAGGUACCUCCUCCACCAUGUGAUUCACAGAAGCAUGCUUUUGGGGCCUUGUAAGUCUGUAGGGAGAAAGCUGCAGUCAUCCCUCAGACUGGUAUUAUUAAACAUCUGCUGUUUAUCUGGCACUGUUUUAAGUGCUGAGGUCACAGCUGUGAUAGUGUGACAUCUGGCAGAACUGGUUCUUGUGGCACAGUGUGGGACUGCACAUGGGCCUGGA